UUACAGCCUUACAGCCUUACAGCAGGGAGCGAAAAUUAACAACGCAUAGAGAGAUCCAAAUAAUACGAAGACUGAAAACUCCACUUCUCUCUCUCUGUCUCGCACUGUUCCUCUUUCUCUUUCUGUGAGUUUGUUGUUUAGGUCAAUGGUUUACAUUAGCUCGUGGGACGAAUUCGCGGAGAGAUCCAUACAAUUGUUUCGUGCGGAUCCCCAAUCUUCGCGGUAUGUGAUGAAAUACAGGCACUGCGACGGGAAAUUGGUCCUCAAAGUUACCGAUAAUCGAGAGUGUCUCAAGUUUAAGACAGAUCAGGCACAGGAUGCUAGGAAGAUGGAGAAACUCAACAAUAUAUUCUUUACCCUAAUGGCCCGGGGUCCUGAUGUGGAUAUAUCAGAAGUAUCAGGAAAAGAGCAGUCAGAAGCACAGCCAACAAAGAAAGGAAGGGGUCGGAAACAAUAGCAUGCUGGCUCAUGAAGGAUCUAGGUUUAGAUAAUGAUUGUAUGUUGGUGGACUUUUUGAAAGCUGUUUUUAUGUCGAUCUAAUUGGUUAAGUUGAGGAAAUUUUGACAACUCCGUGAUAUCUGGACCCUUCUAAAGGACUUAAUGAACAACCAAAUAGAGUAUUGCAAAUGUGAUUGUGUC